UCUCUUCUCUUCUCUUCUCUUCUCUUCUUCUCGUGUCCUUGCUCCCUCUCCUUUCUAUGAAGUAAAAUGAGCUGUUGUUGACUUUUCUCUGUAUCCGUCUAACUUCCUUUCUACCCAGUGAUCUACUUUCAGCCUCUCUCUCUCUCGGUCACCCUCCUCCCUCCGUCUCCUGUCUCUCUGUCGACGUUCAUUCAGUAGCUCAGUGAGCGUCUCUCUCACACACACACUCAUCAGUGACUCUCAGUCAGUGAAUAUUAGCCGUCUGACCAGCAGCUGUCUGUGGUCGCUGUGUGGAGCUCCACUAUCCUCUGUCUUAUGAUAAGAGGACAGCGUGCCAUCUCCUCUCCUGCUGCUCAGUUUCUCAGUGAGGACUCCAAACUCGCCGUCCCAGCGUUCUUCCAUUUCCUUCUCUGUCUGUCAUUCUCUCAGUGCUUCGUUCUAAUUUUGGAAACAUGGAACCUCGGGGAGCGCUCUCCCAAAGCUAUUUACGUCCUCGCCUCUCCUCCUCCUCCACCUCCUCCUUGCUCUCCUCCUCUUCCUUCUCUUCCUCCUCCCUCUCGUCAGCCAGGAGGAGAACAGCGUGAGGAUUCUUUGAUGCACACAGAGCUGGGGAAUUGGGCUGCUCCUCUGUCUGUAUUUUUAUUGUGUUGACGAGGCUGCAGCAGCUCCUCUCGUCGUCGCUCCUCGCUCUCACAGCCUGUGGGUGACUGGAUUUUCCCUCGCAGCUGAAUGGAAGAAACAAACUUUCUGUUCCUUCCAUCUGCAACACACCCCAACAGCACUGGAGCCAGCACUGUGUUUCUGCAUGGAUCAGGACUCCAGGUGAUGUAGGUACAGAGAAAUAAACCAAAAGACCACACAGACACUUUUCAGGUGGUCUCCUUUGGCUGUUGACAUUUUGAUUGAUCUGCGAAGCCCAGCGGAGGGGAGGCUUUCUGUGGGCUGCAGCCGAGACGACGAUAUUAGAAAGGAGGAGUUUGCUCAAAGUGUCGCCCGCUCGUCAUCACAACUCGAGCUGAGCAGUCAGAGACGGCAGAAGCUCCAGGAGUCCGAUGGAGACUGGAUUACACAAGAAAAGCACAGAGGUGUUCGAUUAUUUUCUUUUCUUGUAAUUUGCGGCCGUUCCCUGCAGAAGUUAGUUUUGAAGUUUUCAGUUUAACUGUAUGGGUCUACGGCAUGCCUGCGUCUCGGAUGAAGAAGUGACUGGUUUAACAAAAUAAAGCGCCGGCUCUCGCCUUGGCAUGCUGUUGCAUCCCACCGUGUCAGGAUUGUGCGCCAUGUUGCAGACCAUCUAUGAGACUGAGUCCUGUUUUUCCUCCAGCAGCACAGACAGCCACCAUCAGCCUCUGGAGCUCCUGAGCGGCAACAGGGGCUCCAGCGCUGCCAUGCCCACUGCUGUAGUGGAGGUGAAGAGCAGCCUCCCAUCAGGCAUGCAGAGCCCAGUAGGAACAGCAAGCGAGCAGAGAGGAGGAGGAAGUGGUGGAGAAGGUGGUGGGAGUCCAGGAGAAAGCCCGGGAGGAGGAGGAGGCCCGGUGGACCUGCGAACUGAGCCCAGGGUAGGGUCUGUGUCCGGGGGGGCAGUGGUGGACACAGCCAUGAGAGAGCAGCAGCUCCAGCAGGAACUCAUUCUCCUCAAGCAGCAGCAGGAGCUGCAGAAACAGCUGCUGUUUGCAGAAUUUCAGAAAAAACACGAAGUGCUAACAAGACAACACGAAGUCCAGCUGCAGGAACACUUAAAGCAACAACAGGAGCUGCUGGCAGCCAAACGACAGCAGGAGCUGGAGCAGAAGAGGAAGCUGGAGCAGCAAAGACACGAAGAGCAGGAGAAACAACGGCUGGAGCAGCAACUGCUGCUGCUGAGGAACAAGGAGAAAGGCAAAGAGAGUGCCAUUGCCAGCACAGAGGUGAAGCUGAAGCUGCAGGAGUUCCUUCUCAGUAAGAAGGAGCCUGGUUCUGGCGGACUAAACCAUUCCUUCUCCCCAAAGUGCUGGGGAGCCCAGCACACCUCCCUGGAGCAGAGCUCGCCUCCGCAGAGCAACACACCGGGGACUCCUCCUUCCUAUAAACUGCCCCCUCUCCUGGGGAACUAUGAGGGCAAAGACGACUUCCCACUCCGCAAGACGGUCUCUGAGCCUAACCUGAAGGUGCGUUCACGCUUGAAGCAAAAGGUGGCAGAGAGGCGGAGCUCCCCUCUCCUCCGCAGGAAGGACGGAACUGUCAUCAGCACCUUCAAGAAGAGAGCCAUAGAGAUAUCAGUUUCCUCUCUCUGUAACAGUGCUCCGGGGUCAGGUCCCAGCAGUCCCAACAGUUCCAAUACAGCUAUUGCCAACGGCAAUACUGGAUCAGUCCCCAACAUACAGACUGAGCUGAGGUCUCUCCAUCAGACGCUGGGGGCUGAUGGGACAUUGAGUCCUCUGAGUCUCUACACCUCACCCUCCCUGCCAAAUAUCUCGCUGGGCCUCCCUGCCAACACACAUAUCACGCCCUCCCAGAAGCUGUCUGCCCAGCAAGAGGCAGAGCGUCAGGCCAUCCAGUCGCUGCGGGGGGGUGGAGCUCUAACAGGAAAGUUUCUCUCCACGUCCUCCCUUCCAGCAGGUGUGGGACAUGAUGUGGAGACUCCACCCCCCAGCUCUCAUUCAGCCCAUUCCUCGUUACUGCAACAUGUACUACUGCUGGAGCAGGCUAGGCAACAGACUGCUAUGCUAGUGCCCAUGUACAGCCAAUCGCCGCUGGUUACGGCAGAGAGAGGUGUGUCGGGUGGCAUGCGGGCCGUCAACAAGCUGCCUCGCCACCGGCCGCUGGCUCGUACGCAGAGCGCACCUUUGCCCCAGUCCCCCCAGGCCCUGCAGCAACUGGUGGUUCAACAGCAGCACCAUCACUUCCUGGAGAAGCAUUACAAGAUGCUGUCAAAGGGGACAGAUUUACCUAGGCCACCACCCACUCACCCAGAGGAAACAGAGGAGGAGCUUACAGAGACCAAUGACAUGCAGGAGGAGGAUGAAGGGGUGGGCCUUCACAGGCUUCAGAAGGAGGGGUCUGAUGAUAGCACGCCUUCAUCUGAGCGUCUCGGCGUGCACGUGAAGGGUGAGGAGGAGUGUGGAAGCGUGCAUAUCAAAGGGGAGAGCACCGAGAGUGAGCUGGAAGAAGAGGAAGAGGAUGAAGAUAUCAUUCAGUUGAGGGACGGCGACGAAGAGGAGAGAGGGAGUUACAGUCAGGCCUUGCAGCAGCUGGGCGUGUUCCAGUCCUCGUUGCCCCACAGACCCCUGAGUAGAGCGCAGUCCUCUCCUGCAGCUGCCGUUAAUCCCAUCAAACACCUCUUCACUACCGGGCUUGUAUAUGACAGUCUGAUGCUGAAACAUCAGUGUGUGUGUGGGAACGCUCACAUCCACCCAGAGCAUGCUGGGAGAGUUCAGAGCAUCUGGUCCAGACUGCAGGAGACGGGCCUGCUGGGCCGCUGUGAGAGGAUUCGUGGGCGUAAAGCAUCUCUGGAUGAGAUCCAGUCCGUCCAUUCAGAGUUCCACACCCUGCUGUAUGGAACCAGUCCGCUCAAUCGGCACAAACUGGACCACAAGAAGCUGCUCGGUCCGAUUAGCCAGAAGAUGUACGCUGUUCUUCCCUGUGGAGGAAUAGGGGUGGACAGCGACACAGUGUGGAAUGAGAUGCACUCAUCGGCUGCAGUGCGCAUGGCGGUGGGCUCGGUCAUCGAGCUGGCCUUCAGAGUGGCUGCAGGGGAGUUAAAAAAUGGCUUCGCAGUUGUUCGUCCUCCAGGGCACCAUGCUGAGGAGUCCACGGCUAUGGGCUUUUGUUUCUUCAAUUCAGUCGCCAUUACUGCCAAGCUGCUGCAGCAGAAACUCGGAGUGGGCAAGAUCCUCAUUGUGGACUGGGACAUUCACCACGGCAACGGCACUCAGCAGGCCUUCUAUAGUGACCCCAACGUCCUCUACAUUUCCCUCCAUCGCUACGACGACGGAAACUUCUUUCCUGGCAGCGGCGCUCCAGAGGAGGUGGGAUCAGGUGCAGGUGUUGGUUUUAAUGUGAACAUAGCGUGGACCGGGGGAGUAGAUCCCCCAAUGGGUGAUGUGGAGUACCUCACUGCUUUCAGGACUGUGGUGAUGCCCAUCGCUCAACAGUUCAGUCCAGAUGUGGUCCUGGUGUCAGCAGGCUUCGAUGCAGUGGAGGGUCAUCAGUCUCCUCUGGGAGGCUACAAUGUCUCUGCCAAAUGUUUUGGUCAGCUAACGCAGCUGCUCAUGGGUCUGGCGGGUGGGCGGGUUGUUAUGGCGCUGGAGGGCGGUCAUGACCUCACCGCUAUCUGUGACGCAUCGGAGGCCUGCGUCUCUGCGCUUCUGGGAGACCCGUGUGACUCUAUGUUUCAGUGGCCUCAGGAGCAGCCCUGUCCAAAAGCCUACGCCUCCCUGGAGAGAGUAAUAGAGAUCCAGAGUAAACACUGGUCCUGUCUCCAGAGUUUGUCUCAGACCAGUGGACACUCGCUACUCGACGGCCCAUUGGGGCCUCAAGGCCAGUCAGAGAAGGAUGAGGCGGAAACGGUCAGCGCCAUGGCGUCUCUGAGCGUUGAUGUUGAGCAGCCAGGCUCUGUUCCUGAUAGCACAGAAACCAGCAGGUCCACAGAGGAACCAAUGGAAGAGGAGCCCAUUUUGUAGGAGGAGCUUAAACAAGAAGCACACCAAACUUCCACUUACAUCUCCUUCUAGCACCUCUCUUUCUCUUCCUCUUCCUCCAUGGAGUGUGCAUUGGUAAACACAACACACACACACAGAGCGCAGUCGUGCUGUUGUGGAGGACUCCAACUGGCAAAGGAGAACUUAAUGGAGGAGAAACCGUGUCAUGCGAAAACAUGGAUGCACUUCUUUUCUCUACUGUUUCGUCCAUGCAAGGAGGAGCAGACGACUUGUUAGCACCUCCGUGGGUCUCAGCAGAGAGGGAGCCCUUGAAUAUUUGACCACCUGUACACAGCACCACUGAAAUGUUCUCUUCCACCCUCCAAUCAUUCUCGUGACCUUUUUAUUCCAUCCCUGCUCCUUUGUUUCCACUGAGGGACGAUGAUUGUGGAAAAACUUGAAUCUUAAAUGCCGCACACCAAGCGGACGACUGGUCCUCUUGCGUGUGUCGAGCGCAGGGUUGCCCGUUGGAGGAAAUAACUGGUUUUAAUAUUCGCAGGGGAGGAGGAGGAACUAGGUGCCUUUUUUUCUGUCCACAAAAACUAAAACUAAGUCCAGAAAACACAAACCACCACCGCAGCACCUCAGUACAGCAACCAGCUGAUCAGGACUGAAGAAGCACACUUUUAAACACACACGCAAACACACACACACACACACACGCUGUUGUUGAUCCAGUUGGUCACUUCAUUUCUGAGUCCUUGUUUCUUCAUCUGGAUGCCUUAGUUUGUCCCAGUCUCACUAUUUAGCAGCCUGUAGAGAGAUGGAGAGAGAGACUCAUGAGCUCAUGUAAAUACAUAUUCUGCUUCUUGACUAUUUUUUAAUAUCUGGCUAUAUUCCAAAAGACUGAGUUUUGCUUUCUUUCACAUUUUUGAGGGAAGAAAACCCUCUAAAGCCAUCCUCACACACUAGAACUCUCCAGUAAAAAUCUCAGUUGAAUAUUAGUAAUAAGAUUAAAAUAAUAUUCAAUCAGACUUUUGUGGAAUCUGGUGGAAGCGUCUCAGGAUCAGAUCAGCUUUAGCAGGAUUCAUGUAACUAAUGAAACUGCAACACCCAUCAGUCCUCUCUCUCCCUCGCUCUGUCUUUAUCAUUUGUGUUGAUUGAGUCAUGUGACCUAAACCCUGCACCUUCUUCUUUGAAGGAGGGGACUGUGGGAUUGUACUUUUGAAACACCGCAGUGACCACCACGUCCCACGUUAUCUUUUUCUCUCUCUCUCUCUUUUUUUUAAAUAAUUGUAAUAUUUCCUGUUUGGUGUAAAUAGCGUCUCCUGUCCUGUUGGCCAUGGUUACAUCACAGCAGGUUUGGUGUGGUCACUUUUCUAUAUCUGUACAUACACAUAUGUAUAAAACCACAAAAGACUUUCUCUUUUUGUAUAAAAAAGCAAAAACAAUAUUCUAUAUAAAUAUAUAUAUGUAAACAGUGUUUUAUCCAAUCAGAUUGGAUUUCUGAAUAUAUUCUAUUUGAAGAUUUGAAGUUUGAAAAGGUUUGGCUGUUAGACAGGAAGUAAGCACAUGGUCUGAUGCGAUCAGACCACGACCUGUUUGUUUGUUUGUUUAUAGAUGCUCAGGAUGGCUGAAUAUUGUUGUGUUGGAGGGGGGGUGGUCAGCGAGCUCUAGUUCUUCUAGCAGGACCAGCGCUGCCCUCCGCAGGCAAACAGCAGCAACUACAGAAAGGUGAUAUUAAGGUCAAAAGUCAUGGCUGAGUAAAAUAGGCUGGUCCAGUGAUUAUGUGUUUUUGUAGUCCAAAUGACGCUAGCUCCUCCAGAGACUGUGGUAUUCAUUCUACAUAUCACACGAUGGUACCAAAUCAUGAGCCCUGUAAUUCUCAUACGUUAGGUUUGUAUCAGCUCUGAUCCAGGAAGCAGUGAAGCAAUGAUGGUCACUUGAUGGAUCGUGAAAUGAGGUACAGCAGGAGUGUUGAAAACAGCCUCGCUGGAUGACAGUCAGACCUCUUAAAUGCUGUUAAACUCACUACCAUCCAUUUUCUAGAGGUCACGGCAACAGUCUAAGCAGACAUGCUAAGACGGUCUUCCUCAGCCACGCCCUCCAUCUCUUCUGGGGUGAUAAAUGGGUGUUCCCAUUCCAGCGUGCCCUGGUUCUGCCCCACAUUUAGUUGGACAUGCCCAAAACACCUCACCCAGAAAGCAUAAUCACCACCUUACCACAGUGGAGGGCUUUGGCUGAGUGAUCCCAUGGGUUCAGAAGUCAUUGUUGCCCCUUGUAGGGUCUGUCAGGGUGAAGUGGUCCUGGGUGAGGACCAGGGGAUCAGCCAGAGCCUAGACCACGAGGCUGGACUGGGAUAUUGGUAUUUCAUCCCCAGCUGUCCACAGUAAACUUGAAUAAACUCACUACAAACUGAUUAAAAUCAAGGUGAAAUAAGCAGUAAGUACUGAGAGCGAGGAAAACCUGCUUCCUCAGGUAUUAUUGGACGUGGUUUGCACCAACUUUAAUGGAGAAGACCGUUUUUUGUUGAGGACACAUCAGGAAGCUGCAUGCAUGGGUUAGCAGUAAAAGUCCAGGUUGGCACUUGGAUUGCCUGAAUUGCUGUUAAAGCUACAUGAUUCUCAGUUUGUGCAUGUUCAAAUUGGGAUGUUAUCACUAGUUUUCCAAUGGUGAACAGACACAGGUCUAAUAUGAGGAAUUUAAAGAUAUAAUCCAGGCUGAAAGCUACACAGCGGCUGUAGCCAAAGCUGGCAGAAAAGUGUGCAACUCAGCAGGCUUAUCAAUAUCACUGUUACAUCAAUAGAUCACAGGGAGAUCCGCCUACAAUUAGAAUUUCUUGAUAGAUUCAUUUUCUGUUUUCUCAUAUUGUUUAGUUGCAUCCUCGUGUCGAGAUGAUUUCUCAUUUCAAGCUUGUUCUUUUUCAAAUUAAGACUUAAGAGCAUUGCUCAGAUUUUUUAACAGUCUCGUUUGAGUCACAAAAAAGUACAUGCUUUGU